AUGGCCAUGUUAGUCAAUGAGAUGGACAUCUCCCUACUCAUGACAUAUGCGGAACAAAUCGAGAAUGAGAAGUUGAGGGAGAGGUCAAGAGGAUUUAAGAAGGCUAGAUUUGAUGGUGGAAGGUUCAACAAGGACAAGGGUACUAACCCGAUGGUUCAAAUAGAGAAUGUUGGUGCUCAAACUUUCCCUAUUUGCAAAAAGUAUGGGAGAACGCAUAAAGGAGAAUGCUUAGCAGUAUCCAAUGCAUGCUUCAAGUGUGGAAAUCCAGGCCACCAUAUUAGGGAUUGUAGAGGUAGUAAUGGUCUUAGGCCUCAAGACCAAAUUGCUCAGGGUCAACAAGCUCAAAGAGGUGGCCAACGCACCAACUGCUUUUACUCCUUGCAUGGGAGACAAGGGGUUAAGCAAGCACCCAAUAUUGUUACUGGCUGUCCUAUAGGACCUGCACCACAGACAAGGUUCAUGGGCCGUUAUGCCCACCAUGGACCAUGA